AUGGCAUCACCCCCACCCCAAAUCACAAUCCGACUCCCCACACCCCAAGAGACCAACAACACGGCAACAAUCAAUCAUCUCGACACCCUAAUCAACACAGUCUACUUCACGACCGAAGGCGAAUACUGGAAACCAGGGCACCACCGCUCCACGCCCGCCGACAUCAAAACCUGGAUCGCAGCCGGCGAGCUCUACCUCGCAAUUGACUCCUCCAACCACGAAAUCCUCGGCGUCGUAUGUCUGCAUCCCCACCACGCGCAGCGCGAGGUGUCAACGUACACCUUCGGCCCAUUGGCAGUCUCUCAAACGCAAAGUCGCUCGGGUGUGGGGCGGCGGCUUGUUCUCCAUGCUGAAAGUGUAGCGAGGUCGCGGGGAGCGGAGAUGAUGGAAAUUACGCUGCUGGAACCGAAGCCGCCGGCGGUGCAUCCCUACAAGGAAAUGGUGCGGCGGUGGUAUGUGAAGUUGGGGUAUGUGGGUGUCCGGAGGGAGGCGAAGGAGGAGGUGGUGCCUGCGAGUCAUUGCCCGACGUUGGCGGAGGGGAUUGAUUUUUUGGUGAUGGAGAAGAGGUUAUGGAGUGCGUUGGAUAGGUGA